UUUGUACAAUUUGGAAACAAAAUGUUUGUUUCACAGCAGCCUCAGACUCAUUUUACUACAUUUUAGGAUUCGGUUGAGCUUCAUUUUUGUGAAAUCGCUACACCUAAUUCGGAUUUCCAGUGCACGUCAUAUUAAAGUUUACGUAAAUUAUCUCAUUAUUCGCGCGUAUAUCACAAAUGUAACGGGAAAUCCAUAUGAAAUGUCAAAUCUGUACAAACUGGAUGUCAAUAAGAGUGACAUGUUUCACUUGGUAUUAUACAUUUUGAUCGAACCUUUCAGAAUUUACUCUCGAUAAUCAGUGUGUUGCAGCUUAGCUAAAUGUUAAAUAACACCAUCUCCGUCUAAAUUCUCUGCUUAAAUUUAAU